CUGUGAAUGAAACAAAGCGAGGAAUGAUAAUUGUUAAAAUUGAAAAUUACGUAGUUCGCCCACCCUGAAAACGUUGAUAAGUUAAAGAUCAAACCACAUUUGAUACACAUUAGGAUUUAGGAAUGAAAAUCUACUACAAUUUUCGUUCAUGCUUAUAUUCGAUCAGAGUUUGAUAAAGUCAACGCAAAAAUUGAAAGGACAACACAAAAAAAGGAAGAAAACGGAGGGUUGAAAUCAAGAGAAAGGUUGUUAUUGUUGUGUCAAUGUGACAAAUGACCACCUGAUGGAUAUGAUCCAGUGUAAUGACCCCAAGGCGCGAAACUUUAUAAGAUUAUUCAACUACAUAAUGAAAAUCAGGGUAAAACCACGAGAAGUUAAACUUGAAUCCUUACUUCAUUAGUAUUUUCUCUGCUAGCAUAAUUUUUGAUUUUGUAAAUAUGCAUUAAAGAUGACCUCUAAGCGAAAAUCUAAAAGGAAAGGGAGAAAAAAUGUUAAUUAUACUGAUAUGAGCUCCAAUUGUGAAAGUGAUGAUGAUUUUGAAGUUGAUUUUGAACCACAAACAAAGAAGGCGAAGCGUAAAGAGAAGGAAAUGAACAAAGAGAAAAAAGGCGAGAGAAGGCCUUCCGUCCGUGAAAAGUUGUACCAAAGAGAUAUAGAAAAGGCAAUUGAAAUGUCAUUAAUAAGUACACCUUGUGACAGAAAGGAUAAUGAUGUUGGACAAAAUGAAAGCAGUCAUAUCAAAAUAAACAUUGAAAGUAUUGAUGAUGAUGCACGCGACACCUGCGAUGCACGUGACACCUGCGAUGCACGUGACACCUGCGAUAAGAGUAGUGCUAAAGUGAACAAGAUUCAUGACAAUGAUGUCGAAAGUGAUUCCAAUGAAGAGAAAAUUGUGAACCUAAAGAACGGCAAGAAAAUGUCUGGUGGGAAUCAUAUGUUUUCCGAGUCAUCCGACUACAAAUGCACCCCUAUUGUUGGUACAAAGGAGAAAAAGUCAUCACCUAUAAAUUCUUCCAAAGAGAACGUUAAGCAUUUGAAAAAUGAAGGGAAAAUUUCCACAUUUUCUUGCGUUGGUACAAAGGAGAAAAAGUCAUCACCUAUAAAUUCUUCUAAAGACAGCGUUAAGCAUAUGAAAAAUGAGGGGACAAUCUCAAUAUUUUCUUCACCUAAACUGUUUACAAACAAAACUAGCGGUUCUUUUUGCAUUGGCGGUGUUAAAAUUAAGAAUUCAGGUCCGCCAUUACGUGUUGGGCUAUCAAGAAACCAUAAAGUAAAACCACUGCACAAUAAAGUUACGCUUUCACAAUAACAACUUACUUACACCAAAAUAUUUUAUCUAUGUUUUAAUAAAAUAUGUGAAAUGA